AUGGCUAUCGAUAACCUAAAGCUCAUUGGGGGCAGCGCUGGUGCAAUCCUGUUGUAUCUAUUAUUCUCUAAACGAAACUCCCGUACUUCGAAUCUUCCCCUCCCGCCCGGUCCAAAAUGCUGGCCAAUUGUUGGAUGUAUGUUUUCAAUUCCAAAGGAUGAAGCCAGCUGGAAGUGGUUCGCUCGGUUGGGGAAGGAGAAAGGACAAGACACGGUUAUCGUUAAUUCUCAUCAAGCUGCGAAAGACUUAUUCGAAGGCCGGUCAAGUAUCUAUAGCGAUACACCCCAUUUAACAAUGGCUAGCGAAUUGAUCGGUUGGGAUGAUUUUCUUGGAAUGUAUCUCCGCAGUACCGCUGGUGCUACCGUCGCCAAACUCACCUAUGGAUAUGAAGUCAAGGACGAGUCAGAUGAAUAUAUUGAUAAGGCUGAAAAAACGCUGGGUACGUUUGCGUAUGCCUCCACUCCUGGCAGAUUUCUUGUAGAUUAUUUUCCACUUUUAAAACAUAUCCCAUGGGCGCCUUUCCAACGCGCAGCUGCUGAAUGGAGGGCGCAAUUAAUCGAUUUUGCUGAAGCACCCAUGAAUUUUGUUCGCACUGAAUUGGCAAAGGGGUGUGCCGAACCUUCAUUUGUUUCAAGUUGGCUGGAAAACGCUUCAGAGGAAGAUAAACCUCUCAUUCCAUGGGCUGCAGGGUCUAUAUACUCGGGUGGAGCAGACACGACCGUUUCAGCAGUUUCUACAUUUUUUAUUGCCAUGUUACACCAUCCCAAGGUCCAGGAGGCUGCUCAAGAUGAAAUCGAUCGCAUCGUUGGACCAAACCGUUUACCCAAUUUUACUGAUCGCGAUUCACUUCCCUAUAUUGAAGCUAUAUACAAGGAGGCGCUAAGAUGGCAACCACUAGCACCGAUAGGCAUUCCCAGAAAGCUGGCAUUAAAUCACGACGACGAAAUUCCUGGUAAAUCGCAUAUUAUUGGAAAUGCAUGGAGUAUGCUGCGAGACCCAAAGGCAUACCAAGACCCUGAACAUUUCAAUCCAUCUCGGUUCUUAGCCCCUCGUUCGGAGAGCAAUCCAGAAGAGAUUAUUUUUGGCUUUGGAAGAAGGCGCUGUCCAGGAGCCCCUGUCGCACACUCAUCGGUUUGGCUAUCGAUAGUGCUUACGCUUGCCACGUACGACAUAUCGGCGCUGAAGGCUGAGAACGGUAUGGACAUCCUUCCAUCAUUGGAUUACACCGUAGGCGUGAUAAGAGUGGCCCCGACCCCCAUAUUCAAUCGCACCAUCACAUGGGCGAAAGAACAGGCAACCCGCAAAACCAUACGUACAUGGAAGAAAGCAUGGUACGAGCACUCAGAAUCAGGCAUUAACUCGAAAUAUUACAUACCCCGCCCACCCGCACUCAAACUGCACCCCAUAUUCAACUCAAGCAAGCUGGGCAGGGACAUCGAGUACCGCCUCGUACAAUACCUCACCGGACACGGCCAUUACGGCGAGUACCAUGCACAAUUCCACCACGACGUAGAUCCCAGAUGCGCCUGCGGGGAGUCGGAUGAGACAAUUUUUCAUUUAACCACCUCCUGUCCCGCUACGGCGGGACACAGGGGGAUACUCAGUGAGUUUUCCACCAACAUUGGUGAUCCCACACUGUUUGGCUCCCUUGCAGGUCUCGAAGCAGUCGCAAAGUUCAUAGCCAAGACGGGCAUAGGCCGAAGACGAAGAGGCCCGCAGGCAGCCGCUCAAUCCAUGUAA